GUGCUGUGUGUGCUGGGAGCAGGUCGGGAGUAGGAUCCAGUGUGCCCUGCCUGUCGCGUCUGUAGUGUGAUCGCAGUGUGCGCACCGUCCUAGUCUAUGCUCGCUACCCACCAGUCUGCACCAUGAUUGCAGGCUUCCUGUUGAAGUGCUUGCUGCUGGCUGCAGGGUGUGCGGGCACGGAAUGGUUACUGGAGGACACAGCAGACUCUGACCUUAUACCCAGGGCCCUAUGGACACAGCAGCUUUCUCUGUCUCUGGUGCCAGCUUACUCCCUGGCCCCUGAUGCUGCCCCGGACCCUGCAGAGUGUGCCCUGCUUCUACAUGAAUUUGCUAACAACAGUGCCACCCUCAGCAACUGCUUGGUGAGCAUGGCAAGGCCGGUGCGGCUGUGCCAAUUCUGCUACAAGGAGUAUGUCCAGCUGAAAGUGACCAUGAGCAAGAUCGGCAAUCCUCUCCAGAAUAGCACAGUCAGCUGUUCCACAAUACUGCUGCGAUCCGCUCGGGUCCAAGUCAUUCUUGCGCUUAGUGAAUCCUUUGAUCAGUUGUGGACGGACUCAAGGUGUGAUAAUUGCUUACAGAAGAACCGCACAGGCAUAUUAAACAGCACCUCUGAAUUCAUGGAUUCAUUUGACAGCUUGAUCGAGUGCUUCAACAAUAGAACGAGGGAACCUCCAAUACCAUCACAAAACGGCAAUUAUUCAAGAGUGUGCCAAAGUUGUAACGAGAGCUACCGUCAUCUGAGCAAUUUGUACAGUGAUAUGGAGCAGGCAAGCACCUUAUGUAUUGACCUAGAAGAUGCUAUGAACAGCACUCGCAAACUGUGGAGUAGAACUUUCAACUGCACGUUACCCUGUACUGAUACUGUCCCGGUGAUUGCAGUGUCAGCAUUUAUCCUAUUCCUACCAGUGGUCUUUUAUCUCAGCAGCUUCCUUCACUCGGAGCAAAAGAAGCGCAAGCUCAUAUUGCCCAAUAGAUUUAAGUCCUCUGCCAAUGAAUCGAACAUACAGGACAAGCAGAACUGAGCAUGACUCUGAGAAGGAUGGAGCAUUUGCACUGGAAGACACGUACACUGUAGCUUUUCUGUAAACUGAUGCAUUCUAUGCAAGACCUUAAGAAGAUUUAAUUUUUCUUAGACUCAUGACUCUGUCUCACACUAGGCCCUCUACUGCUGAGGGAAGAGUGACUUAUGUGAAUUAUGUAGAUAUAUACAGAUUUUUAUGCCAUUUUUUUGUUUUUCUUGAUGAUAGGAUUGUUACACGAGUUUAAUACGCUGAUGCUACCUUUACUUUCUGCAGAGAAAAAUGCAGAUUGCUGUGGUUUACAUGGUAUAGGUCUGUGGCUAGUUAUAUACGGUACUAUUUUUGUCGGGUCAAGACUAUUUUUGUGGAACAUGGCAACUAUUUAAUGCAUAUUGGGCUUGACAGUCCUCUGAGGUGUGUCCCAUUUGGGCAGAUGAAGAUUGAUCAAGUAGGAAUUUAACCCAUAAAAUCCUUUGUGUUCCCAAGAGAUAGUGCUCAUGCACACAACCCGCAAGAUACGGAGCAGAAGCGAUACGGAGCACUUCCAUGGUUUACCUUACAUUAAUUGGGUUUUGGUUUAUCAGACCCCUAAGCAUUUUUUUACGACUGUAAGGUCAGCAAUUUUACGACUGUAAGAUCAGCAAUUUUAUGCUUUACUGCUGUGUUCCUCUUGUGAUGCUGGCUCAGUAUAUCAUUCCAGCGAUGCAUUUCUAGAUUGCUGCCAUUAUAAAGGUAAAGGUGGUAAAUACAUCUUAUUUGUACUUCUAUGACAAGACUUUGAAACAAGGCAGUGAGAUCAUUGCAGGGGAUGGAGGUUUGUGUUGACAUCCACUCUGCUCCAAUUUCAGCUCCGCUGGAUUAGCUGGGCUGCUGCCUACCGUGCAGACUCUGAAAGUAUUACCUUGAUUUGGUGAAUCAUAUGAUUGAGAGCUGUUCAAAGCAAUCUUUCAUUUAUGCUAAUAAAAGCUGGUUUACAUCUGCCAAGUUACAGAAUGACAGCUUUGAUUCUGUAAUCAGUGGCUUUUUGAGCACAUUCAUGCUAAGUAGGGCUGAAAGUCAUUACUACAGGAUAGGGCAGUUAAGAGCUUUAGUGGUGAAGCAGCUUUCAUUUACUUUCCUGGCUUUGUAGCCAAUUAAAAUCAUUCAAAAACGGCUUAGAUUUCUUAAAUUUUGCAAAAAAAAAAUAAUUUUUAAGUAUUUUGAAGAAAUAGUUAUUUAGCUAAACUAUUGUUAUCUGCCUUGCUGUUAGGUUGUUAUGCUAUUCUUUAUUUUUGUGUUAGUUUCAUUUUUUUUAUAUGUACAAAAUAUAUAUUUGUGACCACUACGCAUAUUCUUCUAUUGUUAUUUAAAACAAGAAUGGUUUUAAUAGUGUACAGGAUAUGUUGCACACAAUAAAAAUGGAGGAAUCGCGGUU